GGCCGCAGUGCAUGCUGGGAUAUGGCGAGCUCGCUCAGCUCCUCCCCACGUGUUUGAGUGACUGCAGCGCUGCGAUCAGCAACAUGGCAGCAGCAGCAACAGCGGCUCCUCUCACAUAGAGAUCCUCACACAGACCCGCUGAAGAACCUCACGACAACCUCACGAAAGCUGAGUUUAGCGCACGAGCGCGCACGUCUGCUGACGCUCUGCUCGCCGCUGCAGCCGUUGGCUUUUGUUGAUUUAUUGGAUCGGCGCGGCCUCGGUUUAAAAUCCACUAGUGGCGUUCGUCCUCGGGUCUUCAUUAUGGCCAGCGGAGACGAUGAUGAUCCAAUUAUACAAGAGAUUGACGUGUAUCUGGCCAGAAGUCUGGUGGAAAAGCUGUAUUUGUUCCAGUACCCAGUGCGUCCUGCUUCUAUGAGUUAUGAUAAUGUGACUCAUUUGGCAGCCAAAAUCAAACCCAAGCAGCAGAAGGUUGAGCUCGAGGUGGCCAUGGACACCAUGAGUCCGAACUACUGCCGCAGUAAAGGCGAGCAGAUCGCACUCAACGUGGACGGCACAUCCUCUGAGGACUCCAACGUCUACUCGACGAAGUUGAUGGACAAGCAAACUUUUUCAUCGAUCCAGGCGACUACUAACACGUCCCGCUACGCUGCGGCUGUGUUUCACAAAGGAGAGCUUCAUCUCACUCCACUGCAGGGAAUCCUCCAGAUGAGACCCAGCUUCUCCUACCUGGAUAAAGCUGAUACUAAACAUAGAGAAAGAGAGGCGGCCAAUGAAGCUGGAGACUCUUCUCAGGAUGAGGCAGAAGAUGACGUUAAACAAAUCACUGUGAGGUUUUCUCGGCCUGAGUCAGAACAGGCCCGUCAGCGCCGCAUCCAGUCAUACGAGUUCCUGCAGAAGAAACAGGCUGAAGAGCCCUGGGUUCACCUGCAUUACCACGGUGUAAAGGACAGCCGUUCUGAGCACGAGCGCCAGUAUCUUUACUGCCAAGCCAUGGACACCACAGAAAACACAGAACUGGUGAAAACACCACGUGAAUAUCUGUCCAUGCUCAUGCCUCCUUUGGCUGAAGAAAAAGUCGUCAAGCCCAUGGGUCCCAGUAACGUGCUCUCCAUGGCCCAACUCCGCACGCUGCCUCUGGGUGAACAAGUCAAGACGCUGAUGAAGAAUGUCAAGGUGAUGCCGUUUGCCAAUCUGAUGGGGCUGCUGGCCUCAGGAACAGAUUCCACCGCAGUAUUGCGCUGCAUCCAGCAGGUGGCGCUGCUUGUCCAGGGCAACUGGGUUGUGAAGAGUGAUGUGCUGUAUCCCAAAAACACAUGUAGCUCCCACAGUGGCGUUCCUGCUGAAGUGCUCUGUCGCGGUCGAGACUUUGUGAUGUGGAGAUUCACUUUAGAACGAACCCUGAUGAGAAAAGAGGUUGCUGCCAUCAUAAAGCUUCCUCCAGAGGACGUGAAGGACUUCCUGGAGCAGAUGUCUGCCCCUCGAUUAAACCGAGGCUGGGAGUUCCUGUUGCCAACAGAUCAUGAUUUUGUCAAAAAGCAUCCUGAUGUGGCUCAGCGACAGCACAUGCUUUGGCUGGGCAUUCAGUCCAAGUUGGAAAAAGUGUUUAACUUCUCCAAAGAUGACUUUGUGCCUAAAAAGGACGCUCAGAUGGAGUCCGUUCACAUCGGCGGAGAUCAGCGUCUGAAAUCGGCACGGGAGAACGCAAGAGAAAACCACGCCACCAUGCAGAAGGAGCUUGACGCUCGCAGACUGAAGGCGUCUCGAUACACAGGCCCGUCCGGUGAAUCUGGCGCCCCGGUGCAGGUCAAACAGGAGCCCUUGAGUGACUCUGAAGAGCCCAUGGACACGUCAGGCCCGCUCACCAACGGCUCGAUCAACGGUUACCCAAACUCUACCUCUCCGGUCUCGGACCCUCAUAACGGACACGGUCACGCCUUCACCCCGGAGCUCCAGGACUUUGUGCGGAGCACCUUCCGGAAGCACUAUGUUUUGUGCCUGAGUGAAGUGAAGAGGCUGUUUAACCUGCAUCUGGCCAGUUUACCCACGGGUCACUCGGCGUACGGCCACGUGACAGACCGCAUGCUGCAGGACACCAUCCUCCAGAGCCAGUGCAAACAGAUCCUGGUGCCUUUUCCCCCUCAGAGCAACGCUACAGCAGAUGAGCAGAAGGUCUUUGGCCUGUGGGAGAGCGGAGAAACCUUCGACAAGCACCGACAGGUUCUGUUUGAGAUCUUCAUGAAGAACUAUCGCGUCAGAAGAAACGUGAUCCAGACGCGCCUCACACAGGAGCUCGGUGACGCUGUCACCAAAACAGAUAUAGAUCGACUGCUCAAGGAGUGUUGCAUGAGUUUAGGCGGGAUGUGGUAUCUGAAGGGAACCGUUCCCUCCUGACAGUAGAUCAGGAGCGCCAGAUAUCCUGUCAAUCACGCAUCUCCCUCCCUCAGAGUUCAGUGAGAGUGAACGCUGCACGGGGAGGCGGAGCCAACACACCCAACCAAUCACUGCCCUCGGCUGACACCACCGGUCCGGUCUGGAGCAUCUGCAUACGCUAACCCUUUGGACGCACAUUUGAUCUCACGUAAAGGGCUGAAGAUCCAUUCGAUCCUGCGUUUGCGGGAAACUGAAGUAUAAGGAAUGGAGCUGCGUGCCGAACGCAUACGCAGACGAUCAGUUAAUGCUGGUUUCUUUUGGUUUCUUUAAUAUGAAAGUAGGAAUGACAGAACAUCAUGGUUCAUCUCAUUUUAUCCUGCUUGUGGCCUUCGGGAGCUAAUCGGCAGAUUUUGGCCUUGUUUAUUACCUUUAGCUGACUGAAAAAGUGUUUGGUUUAAUCAUUUCCUUGAUUUUAUUGCACAUUGAGUUGUUUUUGCCCCACAUUUAAGCACGACCCAAAGAAACUGCAGGAUACGGACACUUUUGAAGAUCACUAGAUCAUAAUAAAUUCUCUGAAAUAUUCAUUUCUCUGCUCUCCUUGGGUCAAACGAAGGCUAUGAAGCUCCCAUUGAAAUGUUUACAGCUCUGACAACCAAAAAAAGGACAAAUGGUUGAUUCUGGAGCAGUUUAGAUCAAUUCUGACAGACAAACCCCAGAAAUCUAUUAUAUGAACCAGUGUUCAUGAAUAUUUAUUGGACCUGAAGGUAGAUUGAAUCAGAAUGUGAAGCUCUGAAUGACUUUUGCAGUGAAUUUGUAUUUUAUUUCAGACCAUUUAUGGCAUUCUGAGUAAAUGCUGAAGCAAUUUAAACAUUAAUUUCUUAUAAGAAUAAAAAAAUAUGCAUAAUGGUUACACAAUUUUUUUGCAAGUGAUCUGGGAUUUUUGCUGGAGUUGCUAAACUGUGUUUGGGUGUAAAAGAAAGUGCCUCGUAAUUAUUCAGGGGAAAAUAUUGUAUCAAUAUGAUUUGCAAUCUUGUAAUUAUGACUGAAAUCAUCUUCACAUGCACAUAUAACUACAUGUCUGUGUCUCUCCACACAUGCAUAUAAAGCGUUCACUGUCGGUCUGUUUAUUAAGCAUUCCACAUAUUCAUAUUCUGGAUUAUCGUUGCCAAGUCUGUACAGUCACACAUUCAAACAGCUGAAAACCCCAAACCAGACCUUUUUUAUUUGUAUGUCAUUCUGAAUAAACAUUGCAACUGACA